GGGGGGGAGAGGGGGAGGUGUUUACGACAGGCGGACCUGGUUUGCGGCAGUGAGGCAGUGGCCAGAGAUCCCGAGUCACAGUUUGCGGCAGUGAGUGAGUGAGUGAGAGAGAGAGAGAGAGAGGCGCUGAGGACGUGGGAGACAGAGCCCGAAACUGACUGGAAGCCGAGGACAUGCCGAGGGCGGGGGGUGAGAGGCGCAGUGCGGGCAAGGAGGCGAAGAAGGCGAGGAGCGAGACGGGGGAGGAAGAGAAAAGUAAAAUGAAGAGGAUUUUCGGGUUCGAGUUGUCUGACCUGCAGAGCUGGCAGCGGUGUGUGUGUUUGCUGAACCGCCCAACAGACCCCGCCUCGCUGGGCAUCUUCAGAACGUUGUUUGGGCUGCUGAUGGUGAUUGACAUCCCUCAGGAGCGCGGCCUCAGUUUUCUCGAUCACAGAUAUUACGAUCAAUUGAUCAUUUGCCGUUUCCCGCUCUUCAACUUCCUGAGGCCUCUCCCCCUCGACUGGAUGUACGUCGUCUUCGUGGUCAUGUGGCUCGGAGCGCUGGGGGUGAUGCUGGGCCUGUGCUACAGGCUCAGUUGCCUGAUGUUCAUGACCACUUACUGGUACGUGUUGCUGCUGGACAAGACGUCCUGGAACAACCACUCCUACCUUUACGGCCUGAUAGCCUUCCAGCUCUGCUUCAUGGACGCCAAUCGCUACUGGUCUCUGGACGGACUCAGAAACCCGAAGAAGCGGAAUGUGGAGGUACCUCUGUGGAACUACACGGUCUUGAGAACUCAGAUAUUUAUUGUGUAUUUUCUGGCCGGUGUGAAGAAGUUGGAUGCCGAUUGGGUGGAAGGAUAUUCUAUGAACCACCUGGCUUCCCAUUGGCUGUUUGAUCCCUUCAAGCAUGUGCUGACGGAGGAGAAGGUCAGUUUGCUGGUGGUCCACGGUGGGGGUUUGAUGCUCGACCUCUCGGCUGGUUUCCUGCUUUUCUUCGAUGUGACUCGUCCCUACGCCAUUGUCUUUGUCACCUAUUUCCACAGUAUGAACUCGCAACUCUUCAGUAUAGGAAUGUUCGCUUACACCAUGUUGGCCACCUCCCCGCUGUUCUGCUAUCCCGACUGGCCCCGAGCCAUAAUCCGGAGAUUCCCAGGGUUCCUGAGGGCUGUGGCCCCCCUGACGGAGCUCCCCCAGCGGAGCCCGAGCUGUGUUUACCCCCAACAGGACCCCCAGGCCAGGGACAAACGGAAAAGCCGGAGAGAGAAUCCACUCAGCCUCCGGCACAAGAUGGGAGCCAUCUUCACCAUCGUUUACCUGUUGGAACAAUUCUUCCUCCCGUACUCGCACUUCAUCACUCAGGGUUACAAUAACUGGACCAAUGGGCUCUAUGGCUACUCGUGGGACAUGAUGGUCCAUUCCCGGUCCCACCAACACGUCAAAAUCACCUACAGGGACGGGGUGACCGGGGAGGUGGGCUACCUCAACCCGGGGGUGUGGACACUGAGCCGCCGCUGGAAGGACCAUGCGGACAUGUUGAAGCAGUACUCUGCCUGUCUGGCCUCCCAGCUCCAGCAUUACAACAUCUCUCAGCCACACAUCUACUUCGAUAUCUGGGUCUCCAUCAACGAGAGGUUCCAACAGAGGCUGUUUGACCCGCGGGUGGAUGUGGUCGCGGCUGCCUGGUCACCAUUCAGGAGGACGGACUGGCUGAUGCCGCUGCUCGUGGACCUGUCGCCGUGGAGACACAAGUUUGAUGAGAUCGAGAAAUCACUGGACAACAGCACUGAUGUGGUCUUCAUCGCAGACUUCCCAGGUUUGCACCUGGAGAACUUUGUGAGCGAGGAUCUGGGCAACACGAGUAUCCAGGUGCUGCAGGGGGAGGUGGCCGUGGAGAUCGUGGCCGAAAACAGAAACUACAGCCUGAGAGAAGGCGACAAAAUGCAGCUGCCCGCAGGAGACUAUCACUAUGUGUACACGGUGUCGGAGGAGCCCUCCUGUUACAUGUAUUUGUACGUGAACACCACAAUGAUUCAGUUUGAGCAGAAUUAUACACGUCUGGCGGAGCUACAGGAGAGGCUGAGGAACGGGACAGAGCCGGAGGAGAUGGACGCUGAGCUGCGGCAGGUGCUGAACGGCAAUGCCGAGGGCCUGAACAUCACUGACCCGGUGCUGGCCGCCUUCGCCCAGCGGCAGAGGAGACUGGAGGAGCACGAGAAGAGGAGGAACAGCACAGUUCUGGAGCGGUUCCGGCGAUUCACGCUCAGAAAGUACAUGAUCUUCCGCAGGAGUAUCCUCAUGACCAGCUAUGCCAUCAGGAACCUGGUGUUGGGCCAACCCUCGCUGGAGCAGUUGUCCCUGGAAUAUGAUUACGCCAAUAUGAAGUUUCAUGAAGAUACCGAAACCCCCUCCUCAUCACAGGGGGCAGAGCAACUAGUCCCAGAGGGGAGGGUCGAGCUGUGACCACCCCCCCCCCACCCACCACCCCGAGCCGGGCCUCAGCAACCGAUGGUAACACACUUAAGACCUCAGACUCUUUCCAAGUCAAUUACAUUCCAGUCUGUGCUGUGUCUAUUCCAGCACCAACACACACUACAUUCUCUCUUUUUCUCUUCCCGCCCCACCCCCCCACCUCGCUUCCCUUCUCCCCUCCCAACACUGUGCUCACAACCCACCACCAGCAACAUACUCUCCCCCCACCCCUCCUCACCUCCUCUCUCCCCCUCCCCACGCUUUUAUUUGGCUGUUCUCAACAGGCUGGAAUCUCAGCUUUGCAGGACAUAUUGGAGAGAAAGGUGUGUCAGCCCCCUCCCCCCCAUACGAUGAUCAGUGUUAAAAGCAGCAGCUGACGUGCAAAAGUAUUUUCGUAUCAGCCAAUUUUGUUUGACCAAAUGAAGCUUUAUAUAAAACAAAACCAUUUAAUGGA